AUGCGAACUUCGUCCAAAAUCCUUUGCACGAGGCCUUUCGGUAGAUGCGCGCUUCGCGUUGGCUCUGGCGAUUUCUGGUCCAGGCGAAAAGAGGGAGGGGAGUGCGUUCAAGUCGACCUGAACUUUGCGUCGUCGGAAACAAGAGGCUGGCGCGGUGCUGGAGAGCGGGCGUUCCUGGGAGAGUUAAAAACCGGAGGGCAGGCUGCAGGGGUCGCCCCAAGGCUGGAGGCGCCUCAUGGAAGUGUAUCGAAGAAUGUCGACUCUGUGGCGGUGCAGCUAAUGCACAACAUGUAG